CUGGGCAAUUGACAGUAUUCUACUUAUGUCAACAAGGGUUACAAUCUAGAAGCGUCAACAUCAGUUCCUAAACCGACUUAAAUUCCACGGCUACGGACUUCCAAGGCCGGUCAGGAGCUACUCCCGUAACCUCGUACAUGCUCACACUAGAAUAGUUACUGAAUCGCUUUAAUAAAGACAUGCUUAGGCUUUAAGCUGAUACCUCGACGACCCUGUCGCCCUGCAAGGAUGAUUCCUCGUGAACGGCGUGCUCGGUCCGCUUGGGGCUUCCUUCAGCGUUAUAAAGACGGGGAGGAAAGGCCUGCUGCGCCACCGGUGAGCCUUGUUGACAACCUCAUUGUCUUGGGAAGAGGCAUGGAUCCUCCGGAUGGCGCGGCUUGCGUGUUAACCGGAACUAGCCGUUCUCUGCAAUGGCUACCAAAUGAUGACGACCGUGUGAGUCGCCUUCACGCGAGCAUCACAGCACAAUGGGAUUCUGGAAACUGGCCGCCGCUAGUAACAGUUCAGGAUCAUAGCCGCAACGGUACCUUCCUCAACGGCGCUCCCCUGCCCUCCGGACAGCCCCACGCGCUCACCCACGGUGACCGUAUCUCGCUCGUCCUCUCAGUCAACCCCCUUUGCGAAGUGUCGUACAUUUACGAGGAGGCCACGCCCCUUCCCGGCGUCGCGUCGCUUGCAGCCGUCAGCAGACGCUUCCCAGCCGAAAGCCAACCGGCUGCUGCAAACACCACCACCACCGCUGCUGCUGCUCACUCCUCCUUUCCGCCCCUGGAAGGGUUUCCGGAGUCUCCACUUACCAGCCC